AUGAGUAAUCAUCCGGAGUCUUCUGAGUCUAAUCUGACGGAAUUUCUUUACUUUCUUUUGAACAGAAAGGGAGGCAAAAAGGACUUCUCGACGGCGAUCUUGGAUAGGAAAAAGGCUCCGAAUCGCCUGAUUGUUGAUGAAGCAGUUACCGAUGAUAACUCUGUCGUCUCGCUCCACCCUACGACCAUGGAGAAGCUCAAGUUUUCCCGUGGAGAUACAAUUUUGGUUAAGGGGAAGAAAAGAAAGGAUACAGUAUGCAUUGCUUUUGAUGAUGAGUCAUGUGAAGAACCAAAGAUAAGGAUGAACAAAGUUGUAAGGUCGAAUUUGAGGGUUCAUCUUGGCGACAUUGUAUUUGUGCACCAGUGUCCUAAUAUCAAAUAUGGAAGCCGCGUGUUUAUAUUACCAAUUGACGACACAAUAGAGGAUCUCACUGAUGAUCUUUUUGAUGGUUUUGUUAAGCCUUACUUCUCUGAAGCAUAUCGCCCUGUGAGAAUGGGGGAUCAUUUUCUCGUUAGAGGGGAGAUAAGAAAUGUGGAAUUUAAAGUUAUAAUGACUGAUCCUGCAGAGUAUUGUAUUGUUGCUCCUGAUACUGAGAUAGUCUGUGAAGAUGAGCCUUUGAAGAGAGAAGAUGAGGAUAGGCUGGAUGAGGUUGGCUAUGACGAUGUGGGUGGCAUUAGGAAGCAAAUGGCUCAGAUUCGAGAAUUGGUGGAAUUACCACUGAAGCGCCCUCAACUUUUCAAAUCAAUUGGUGUGAAACCUCCCAAAGGGAUUUUGCUUUAUGGACCUCCUGGUACUGGUAAAACCUUGAUCGCCAGAGCUGUUGCCAACGAAACCGGUGCAUCCUUCAUUUUGAUUAAUGGACCAGAAAUAAUGUCCAGCCUGGCUGGGACGAGUGAGAGCAAUUUGAGAAGUGCAUUUGAGCAGGCUGAAGACAAUGCCCCAUCAAUUAUUUUUAUUGAUGAGAUUGAUUCGAUUGCACCCAAGCGAGAGAAGAGCCAUGUUGAAGUAGAAAAGAGGGUUGUUUCUCAGCUUUUGACACUAAUGGAUGGGUUAAAAUCUCGUGAUCAUGUCAUUGUUAUUGGGGCGACUAAUUGUCCCAACAGCAUUGACCCUGCUCUCAGAAGAUUUGGAAGGUUUGAUAAGGAAAUAGACUUUGGUGUUCCUGAUGGGGUCGGGCGCCUUGAAGUUCUUCAUGUUCAUACCAAAAACAUGAAACUCUCUGAUGAUGUUGAUCUAGAAAGAAUAUCGAAAGACACACAUGGCUAUGUUGGCGCUGACCUUGCCGCCCUGUGCACUGAUGCUGCACUGCAGUGCAUUAGAGAGAAAAUGGAGAUCAUUGAUUUGGAAGACGAUUCGAUCGAUGCUGAUGUAGUAAAUUCCAUGGCAGUUACCAAUGAUCACUUCCACAAUGCUCUUAGAGCAAGCAAUCCUUCUGUUUUAAGGGAGACUGUUGUUGAAGUACCCAAUGUUACCUGGGAAGAUAUCGGAGGACUUGAAAAUGUCAAAAGGGAACUUCAGGAGACUGUACAAUAUCCGGUGGAACAUCCUGAGAAGUUCGAGAAAUUUGGUAUGUCGCCUUCGAAGGGUGUUCUGUUAUACGGCCCUCCCGGAUGUGGCAAAACUCUACUCGCCAAGGCCAUUGCAACUGAAUGUCGAACCAAUUUUAUAAGUGUUAAGGGACCUGAACUGCUCACAAUGUGGUUUGGAGAGAGUGAAGCUAAUGUUCGGGAAAUAUUCGACAAGGCUAGACAGUCGGCUCCCUGUGUACUCUUUUUCGAUGAGCUCAACUCCAUUGCCACACAGAGAGGAAGCAGCGCUGGAGACGCCGAUGGUGCUGCUGAUCGAGUUCUUAAUCAACUACUCACAGAAAUGGACGGCAUGAACGCAAAAAAGACUGUUUUCAUAAUGGGGGCAACCAAUAGGCCUGAUAUAAUCGAUCCAGCACUUCUACGUCCAGGCCGUCUCGAUCAGCUAAUCUAUAUCCCUUUGCCAGAUGAAGACUCGCGCCAUCAAAUCUUUAAGGCCUGCCUUCGAAAAUCGCCUCUUUCCAAAGAUGUCGAUCUUCGGGCUCUUGCCAAGUACACUCAAGGAUUCAGCGGAGCUGAUAUCACAGAAAUAUGCCAAAGGGCUUGCAAAUACGCUGUAAGGGAGACGAUUAAGAAAGACAAAGAAAGGGAAAGUCGAAAAGUCGAAAAUCUCGACUCCAUGGACGAAGACAUUGAGGACGAGAUCCCGGAGAUCAAGCCUGCACAUUUUGAGGAGUCGAUGAAGUAUGCUCGUAGAAGUGUUAGUGAUGAGGAUAUACGUAAGCACAAGGCGUUUGCCCAGACCUUGCAACAGUCCCGGGGAUUCGGAACUGAGUUCCGUUUCCCCGAGACUUCCGGCGCUGCUUCUGCCUCGGACCCAUUUUCCGCGUCUGCCGGCGACGGCGACGAUCUGUAUAGGUAAAUGUCAGGUAAGGAAUGGCUUUCCCUAAUACUCCUUAUUGUUGUUGGCCUUUGGAUUUAGAUUUUUACAUUAGGAAGGAUGUGUAUAGUGUAAGUAGGAAUGC